CUUCUCGUUCUCUCCUUCCCCCCUACCUCUCUCCCAUCCCGCGCGAGCGCAUCCCCCUCUCCUUCACCUCUCCUCUCUUCUCCCUCUCUAAGCUCGGAUCCCUAUCGACGGCGGCAGCGGCGGCGUCGUCUCGGGCGGAGGAGCUCUCGGCGACGGCGGAGGAGUGGCUGAGGAAGCUCUCGGCAGCGGCAUCUAGGGUUCCGGCGGAGCCGCGACGACCACGCCGUGUGGCUCGCCGAGAAUCCUCUCUAGCACGCCCAGCUCUCCCUUGACGUCACCGAUCAGGUCCCCAUCUUUCCUUUAUUCCUCAUCCUCUUCCUCAUCUCGCGAGAUCGAAGGGGGAAUCGAAGAUAAAGGGAGGGAGCGGAGGGAGCUUCUUCUGCCAUGGAAGCCCCGCCUCAGCUCCUCCACUGCGGCGUCGACCCUUUCCGGCGAUCGUCGGCGCUCGAUCUCCGCGCUUUGCGCGGGAAGUUUCGCCCCCGCCCGUUCCUCGCAAGGUCCAAGGGACGGGGACUCGGCGUCUUCGCCAUCGCCACCGAGCCGAAGCCCGGUAGCGCCGAGCCCUCUUCUCGUGUCUCCAUCAAUGGAGCUGCUAAUAGAUUUGGGAAGAUGUCGGAGGAGAUUAAGAAGAAUGAAGUUGCAAGAGCCAUCGAAUUGAGGGAGAUAGUCAUGUCUUUGGGUCCAGCCUACAUCAAACUCGGGCAAGCACUUAGUAUUCGACCAGACAUAUUAUCUCCUGCGGCAAUGACUGAACUACAGAAGCUAUGUGAUAAGGAGAAGGAGUAGGUGUCACAACCAUACCCACGAUGUCUAAAGGAGCGACACCCACAGCCAUCUGUGUAGCACGAGCAGCAACCAUCCUCGCAGCCGGCUAAGUGGUCGCUAUCGUAAUCUCGGGUUGCACUCUAGCAGCCACUAUAGUAGCCGUGGCCAUAGCCACUCCGUUUUGCCAUCUCUGCGAAGGUGUCCAUGGUAGCUCUAGUGCCCUAUGCAAGAAAUAGGGACUGCAAAGUAGCAGCUGAAUCAACUCUAUAGGCCCAGCAAGUGCCGUAACUUGGCCUAUUAUGGCCACCACCUGGUCAAUGAGCAGUAUAUAUGGUGAAUAUCACCUUGCCGCUUGAUACCUACCUGAUAAUUAAUUCGCCACCACUCCUUGGCAGAAGCACGAGUCCGAGCCAUAACCAUAGCACAAAUAUAGAGUAAUAAAAUAACCAUAUACCUCGAGACUAAUAAGACUCGGCCAAAACAAUAGAGACUUAAUCCCAACCACCCUACCUUCUCAUGUCCCUAUAAGCCUUAGGUCUUUCUAUGGUCAGCCUAGCUUGCGGUUUAGUUAGAUGCCUGUGAGUGAAAUAAUGGUUGUUGCCGCUAUGGUACCAUCUUAAUCUAUCAUGCCCCGGAGCCUUUUUUCUACAACUUUUUAUAUUAAAGGUGCCGUUUGAAAACCAAAGUUUGUAAAAAAUUCUAUUUUUUUAACUUGUCUUGCACGCAGAGCGCACAAAUCCACCACAAAUAUAGAGUUUUCUCUGUCCACGCGAACAGAGUCUUUCCUAUAUCUACACAACGUGCUAGCCACUGUUUAAAAAAGCGCGCCUAGGCGCUGCGCCUAGGCGCCUAGGCGCUGCGCCUAGGCGCCUAGGCUCUAGGCGCACAGGCCAGCGCCUAGAGUAGCUCUAGGCGGGCGCCAUGACUCAGGCGCGCGCCUAGGCUGCCUAGGCGCGCGCCUGGGCCUAGGCGCAAGGCCCCCUCAAGGCGCGCCUAGAUAAUAUUUACAGUAACGGGUUUGGAUCCAGAUUUUAUUGGUCUAACGGGUUGAAAUAUCUAAAAUAAACCCAAUACCCUAAACUAAACCCUAAAUA